UUUAUUGGACAAUAUGUUGGUGCAGUCACUGCAGACGAUGCGUAAACGAAAAAGAUAGAUGUAGGCUUUUAGUAAACAUAUCAACAUGGCAUGCAAAGGCCAAAGUGACAGUUCUUCCAACAACAAAGAAGGAGAUAAAUGUGCAGAUGAAGUGGAUCCCCGUGUACAGAUUGAACUGGAAAGACUAAAUACUGCAACAGAUGACAUAAACAAAUUGGAAGUGGAUUUAGAUGAAGCACGUGCAGAAUUCCGUCAGCUUCUUUGUGAUUCCACUGUGAGAAUCGACAUGCUGGCUAAGAAGCUUGGUGCAUGUGUUGAAAGAGCAAGGCCAUACUACGAAGCUCGUAUGAGAGCUAAAGAGGCUCUUUUGGAGACCCAGCAAGCAGCAAUUCGAUUUGAACGAGCAAAUUCUGCACAUGCUGCAGCUAAAGAAAUGGUGUACCUAGCAGAAGAAGGCCUAAGCACAGAAGGUCGGACUUUUGACCAUGCCUGGCAGGAGAUGUUAAAUCAUGCUACUAUGAGGGUGAAUGAAUCUGAGAGAGAGAGAACUAUAAGUGAACUUGAACAUCGGCGUACAUCCCAGAACUACCAUCGUGCAGAGAUGCAUGUCCAGCAGCUCCAGAAAGAACUGAAAAGAGCUAUAGCAAAGUCAAGUUUGAAUGCACGACGCAGCUUGCUACAGAUAAACAGUCUUGCCUAUCAGCAUCAGCUGCAGCUCUUGCCAUACUUUGAAAUGAAAGCCCAGUUCAAUCAGUUAUUGGAAGAGCAAAAGAAGCGUGUCAAGAGUCUAGAAAAGCAAGUAGGCCAAGCAAAAAUGAAUUAUGCAGAGGCACUACGUAACCUGGAGCAAAUCAGUGAUGAAAUUCAUAGGACUCGCAAGUAUAGUGGAGAUCCACUAGGAGCAAGGGGCUCUGGUGUUGGCUCAGAUUCUCCAGUUCCAUUACUUACCUCUCCUGAGAGACCUGGUGAAAAGAUCGAAGGUCAUCCAGGUGGAGUACUACCACCUGUCCUCAGUUCAUCAUCUGCUACUGACACAGAUGUAUGGUCAGAUUCCACUGGCACAGGACCUCCUGAUUCUGACUCGGGUGAUGAAUUUCUUAAGCUACCUGACAAGUUAGGGCCAAAAGCUGCACCUAUAGUAUCUAAGGCAGAAAAAGAUAUGAUACAUUCCCAGAUGUCAGAAUAUUUGGGCACUCCAAACAGAAAUGUUGAACAGUCUGUAAAUGGAAAACCAAUGGCCGAACUAGCUAUACAGUCACAAAACACCUUACAAUCUACAUCAUUGUCUCCAAGGCACAUGGUUACCAAGAUCAAUUCAAAGGUUUCGGAAAGUAACUCACCCAAUACACAGUCAAAAAAUAGAACACUCUCAGGUUUUGAAGUUUCGGAAAGUGAUGAAGACAGUAACAUAUUAAUGAGACCUCAUGAGAUAGAGAGUUCUUCUGAAACAACUUUACUGCCUGAGAAUACUUCAGAUGACCAGGUCUGGACUGAGAUUAGUCUGGAACAUUCACCAGAAGAAAUCUCCCAGCCAUUUGUCAAAAUGGGAUCUGCUGCAAAAUCUGUGGAGAGUAACUAUACUCCAGUUUUACCCAUAGCAGAUAAUGAAAGUCAGCAACCACUCAAAAGCAUUGAAGCUGUACGAUUUGUCCAACAGAACCAUUUUGCACCACAGGGCUCAUCAAAACAAGAAUCUGUAAUGAAAUUUUCACGUCAUUCAUCUCCCAUCAAGAAGUGUUGGACUGAAAGUGCUGAAGCAAAAUCUCCGGAACAACAUCCACUCUUGGCAGGGAAGGUACCAUCCCCAGCACACAUAAUAAAGUCAGGUGUUCCAAGUCUGUUUAGAGCAGUUUCAUUGGACAAAGCUACUCAAAAUUCACCUGUUAAGUCAAAAUUAGAUAGUAGCUUAACUCGAUUUACAACACGUUCAAGUACAGUGACUGAAGGAGACAUGAGUAAUCUUAACCGUCGACAGAGCUUAGACACAUUGCUGUGGAGUGGACCUACUACUGAAAAGGUCAAGGAACUAUUGUCACAUGGCAUGAUGAUGCUGAAUAUCUCAUCAUUAACAGAAAGAAGAACAAGUGAGGCACCAAGUGAAACUGUGGAGGAAGAUACAGAAACUACUGCUACAGAUGUGUCUACCACAACAACAAAGAAAGUUCCAUCGCCACUUGAAAAAUCACUUAAUUACCUUACUGCAGAGGAUGAGUCUACAUCAGACAGUGAAAGCCUUGCAAGUGUUGAAAUGCUGACUGAUGAGCAGAUAUCAUCCUUGAUGCUAGACCAGGUAAUUCAAGAUGCUUGUGAAGAAGUGCUAGGAACUCCAAUUUCUGAGAUCUCCCCACUGAUACAGGAUCUCAAACAACGAGAAAUGCAGAAACAAGCACAACCAAAAGAAUACAUAGUUCAGUAGCACACUCAACAAUUGGUUCCUUAAUAAAUGGAUGAACUUGGUUGUUAAAUGUCAAGAGAUAAUUUUUAUUUUUAUUUUUUUUAAAUGGUGCUAUUGUGAAGAGAGUGUAAUAUCUGUGCUGAAAUACAUUGAAAUUCCUUAGGAGUUUCUUCUUGGGAACUAGUGCAAUACUGUAACUUGUUGAUAAUAGAAAAUGCAACUGUAGAAUGCUGUGAUUAAAUACCAAAGUGUCAAAAUAUAGUUUAUCUGUUCAAAACUUGAAAUUUUAUCUUUGCACAAAAUAUAAAUAUAGAAGUUUAGCUUUUAAUUUUUUAAACAUUCCUUUGACAAUGAAGAGUGAGCAACUCAUAAGUAUGUCCAUAAUCUGCUGUACUGUAUAUAAGAAUAAAAGUGGAAAAGAAUAA